CAACAUUCCUGAGUUUACUACCAGCUUGGAUGGUUUACUGUUUAUCAUCAUUUUGAGGUAGUUUUCCGCGAGGGGUUCGCCUACGUUUGCUUGAGUUUUGCCCCUUACCCCUACGCGAACUCUUCCUUGCCUCUCGUGUACGGACCUACCUGAGUACGGUAAUGAACGUCCGACCGAUUUGAAUCUGUGCCCCUUUAAUGGUUGAAAGUCACGUCCUAAAAAAUAAUAGCUCUCUGAACUUUCCUGAAGUGACUCGUGGUGCAACAAUAGGGGUGCAACUGUGGCCUUCAAGUUGCGUACGAUAGGUACUUCAUAGGCUUGUCACCAGCUGUCACAUGCAAGGGACUGUAUUGCAUCUGGUAACAGCCAGCUGCAUAUUUCCUCAAUUCUACACGAAGUUCUGCCACUAAUCUGUUGUACUAGUUUGGCACGGAGCCCACAGUGUUGUGAAGUACGAGUGCGGUACGAGCAUAAUCAGCCCAGAGGGUACUUCAGAAAUUUGGUCGGGCAAAUGCCAGUUUGAGCAUUAUUUGUUGCACUUUUUAGUGGAUCAAAAUGGCCGAUAACUUUGUCAACCGAAUGCAGCCUGCAGAUUACGCUAUCAUCGGCGUGUACUUCUUGUUCGUGGUUGUCGUCGGUUUGUGGUCAAUGUACAGAUCAAACAGGACCAAUACUCAAGGGUACUUUCUGGCCGGGAAAACGAUGUCAUGGUGGCCGGUUGGCGCCUCCCUGUUUGCCAGCAACAUCGGCACGGGGCAUUUCAUCGGUCUAGCCGGCACGGGUGCUGCAUCGGGACUCGCCGUUGGCCUCUAUGAAACUAUGGCUGUGUGGAACAUCAUCCUUCUUGGUUGGAUAUUCGUUCCCGUCUACCUGUCAUCCGGGGUUUACACGAUGCCGGAGUAUCUUCGUAAGCGAUACGGAGGUCAGCGUCUGCGGAUUCUUAUGGCGGUGUUUUCGUUGUUUCUCUACAUCUUCACCAAGAUAUCGGUGGAUAUCUUCGCCGGUGCGAUUUUCAUACAACUGGCCUUCAAUUGGAACCUCUACACUGCAAUCAUCGUGUUACUGGUAGUGACAGCGAUCUAUACCAUCGCAGGUGGACUCGCUGCCGUUAUCUAUACUGACGCCCUGCAGUCCUUCAUCAUGGUCGCUGGUGGCGCUGUUCUCAUGGUCAUCAGCUAUAUUAAGGUGGGCGGUAUUGAGCAAUUGAUGAUUAAAUACGCCCAAUCUAUACCAUCUACGACGCUUGAGGGCCCCAUCAACUCCACGUGUGGCUAUCCGCGUGACGACGCCUUUAACAUGAUGCGACACCCUCUGGAUUCGGAUCAGCCGUGGCCUGGGGCCCUGAUUGGUAUUACGUUCAUUGGCGUAUGGUACUGGUGCACGGAUCAGGUGAUUGUACAACGGGCAUUGGCGGCCAAGAACAUGAGUCAUGUAAAGGGCGCUUCGAUCCUAGGCGGUUACCUGAAACUACUGCCUCUGUUUAUGAUCGUCAUUCCUGGUAUGAUCGCUCGUGUGCUGUUCACAGAUGAUGUAGCCUGUGCCAGUGCCGAGAGCUGCAAGGCUGUAUGUGGUUCUGAAGUGGGAUGCUCCAACAUAGCCUAUCCCAGGCUAGUCCUAGAACUCUUACCAACAGGCCUUCGUGGUUUGAUGGUGGCGGUCAUGAUGGCUGCCCUCAUGAGUUCACUCACGUCCAUCUUCAACAGCGGUAGUACCAUCUUCACUAUGGACAUCUGGCGUCGAAUUCGACCCAGGGCGAACAAUGCUGAGCUUAUGAUAGUCGGAAGAGUGUUCAUCGUGGUCUUGCUGGCUGUGAGUAUCGUAUGGAUUCCCAUCGUACAGGCUGCUCAGGGAGGACAACUCUUCCUGUACAUCCAGUCCCUUCAGUCUUACUUCGCCCCUCCCGUCUUCACCUGCUUCGUCAUGGGCGUGGCUUGGGGUCGCAUCAAUGAAAAGGGUGCUUUCUGGGGUCUAUUGUGCGGCAUUGUCCUGGGCCUAGUGCGCAUGAUCCUUGACAUCAUCUACCCUUCUCCUGCCUGCGGUGACUUCGACACGCGGCCGCCAUUCGUUGCUAGGAUACACUUCCUGUACUACAACUGCAUUGUGGGAGCUGUGUCCAUUUCGGUUACUGUUGGCGUCAGCCUGCUCACCAAGAAACUGCCUGAAGAAAAUGUAAGGGGCAUGACCUUUUUCACUCGGGGUUUGAGGAGGCCAGAAAAGUAUAGUGAACGAUUGGAUGAAGACAAUGACGAAGUUGAAGGGGAAGGGAAAGAGAAACCCGUGGAAAUGAAAGAAAUGAAUGAGAACGUAAAUGUUGUUGACAAGCCGGGGCUUCCUCUCUGGCGGAGGGGAGUCUACUGGUUCUGCGGCUACGCUCCGGAGGCGAAAGACGCCGAGGUACCAGAGCUGAUUGCGUCACUGGACGAGAAGAGAAAAUGGCGGAUCGUUUUGCUGAUCAACGCAUUGAUCCUAUUCGGUGCCGCUAUGGUCGUCAAUGUCAUCUUCUGGUGAUUAUGACGGAUCUAAAACAUUACCAAGGGUUUGAAUGAUACAGAUUUAACACCCUUCCUUCAACAACUAUUUCUUUUUCGUUAUUUUUGGAUAUCAAAUUCGUAGAUUUGUCAGUGUGGACAGCAGUAGGUUUAGUGCCUUAUAUAUACGUUAUGUAACUAGUGACAGUGUUAUUGUUUAGUGGCCUUUAUAUUUGACUUUUUUCACGACUUUCACCUCUAUGACCAAAGUUACACCAUCACAUUCAUCACUACUAACAGAGCACGUCAUUUUUAGUCAUCAUCUGCUUGUGGUAUUUUGUAUUAAGCAGAAGCCGUUUUUGUUUUUGUUAUCGAAUUUCAUUAACACUUGCCGAUAUAAUAAUUAAUUUAGUUUAGUUGGUGUUUAUUUUUAAAGAGUAAAGUUAAUCAUUUUUUUCUAAAGUUUAUCAUUCAUAUUUUGAAUUUUGGCACAAACAAAUAUCCUUUUUUCACUUUAACCCUAAAGGGGCCGGUUAUUUUGACCAUCUCACAGCUGGGGGGCGGAUCUCAGCCAUCGUGUGACAAAAAUUAUGAAACUCGGUGCAUAGAACAACUUAAUAUGAACAUACCCAAGACAUUUCAUGACUACAUGUAUAGGUUAAAGGGUUUUGGAAUUAUGGCUAAGUAAUUAUUCAUGUGCACCA